UUCCAGCGACUUCAAACAAGAGAGCUAGAGCUUUAGCAAGGGUUUGUGUGGAAAAGUCAGCACAGAGAUUAGGAGUGAUUUCUGGGUACUAAUAUAGGUGGUAUAUCAGGGGUUCUAUUGGCUGGGUAGCUAAUAGGGAGAGAAAGGUUUGACGAUCAAUCAGUAGGCUGAUCAGGUCACUCUGAUUGUGUUUCGAAGGGAGCUUAAAGAACAAUCUCUAGUGAAUCGUCAGAGAUCGCAAGAGAGCGAUUCUCUGACCGUGGAUUAGUCAGUGUUGGGUUCGUUAAUCACCUAACACCGGAUACCACGUAAAAAUUUGGUGUUGUGUUCUAUUUUCUGCAUUUGGUUGGAUUUGCUUAUAUCCUGCUGCACUCUGUUCAUGUGUCUGGGUUGAAAGUAAAGAACAGGGGGUUUUGAUCUCAGUCGAAGAGAAGGGAAGGAUCAGAUUGGGUUGGUAAAACGGUGAGUUUUUGGAAAAGGGUUGGUGUCUGACUUGUGAACAAGCCAAGGAGAAGUUUUCGAGUGGGCUGGUGAGUAACCUAAAUAAAACAAGCUUUGGGUCUCGGCCCAACUCUUCCAAGGCUAAGCUAUCUGUUGCUCAAACACCAAAAGAAGAAAACUUUUCUCGUCAUUUCGAUCAAACAGGAACUCUAGGUAAAAUUGGUCCCGCUGUUCUUGCCGAAAGACACGACAAAGGGUUUGUGCUGGUGUUGAAUCUAUCCAAAGAAAAAGAAGUGAAGGCCGAUUUGUCUCGCGCUCGACACUUCUACAGCUAAGUGGGUCUUCAAAGUGAAAUAUCGUCCGGAUGGCUCUGUGGAAAGGUACGAAGAAAGGAUGGUAGAAAAAGGUUACACUCAAAUAGAAGGUGUCGAUUUUCACGAUACCUUUGCUCCUGUUGCAAAACUAGUCAGUGUUCGGUGUCUCUUGGCAGUUGCAGCUAACUUGACGUCAACAAUGCGUUUCUUCAUGGUGAUUUAUCAGAAGAGGUCUACAUGAAGAUAGCGCAUGGCUUUGAUCAAGCUGGUGAUUCUCGCGUUUGUCGAUUAGGCAAAUCCAUCAAUGGAUUCCGCCAGGCUUCGUGAAAUUGGUAUCAAAAGUUCACCACCUCUCUUGGUGAUCUUGGUUUUCGUGCAUCCCCGGCGGAUCAUUCUCUUUUCAUCUACAAAAAGGGGUCUGUGUUUGUUGCUGCCCUAAUUUACGUUGAUGAUGUGAUUUUUGCCCACAAUGAUAUGGGGUUCAUUGAUCACGUCAAGCGGUUCCUUGAUGACAAGUUUAGCAUCAAAGACCUUGGCGUUCUUCGUUACUUUCUUGGACUAGAGGUUGCUCGUUCUCCUCGUGAUAUCGUCAUCAGUGAGCGAAAAUAUGUGUUGGAUAUUCUCAUCGAAGUAGGGGUCCUUGGUUCACGUCUGAGUGCUUUUCCGGUUGAGCAAAAUCAUCAGCUCACCAAGCCCUCAUCUGAUCUUCUCGUCGAUGGCUCCUCUUAUCAGCGUCUCAUUGGUCAUCUUCUUUAUCUGACGGUUUCUCAUCCUGACAUCACUUAUGGUGUCAACAUCUUGAGUCGAUUCGUCCAUGCCCCCACACAGGCCCACAUGGACUCAGCUCGGCUCAUCUUGAGGUACCUCAAAACGUCUCCUGGUCAGGGCCUCUAUUUUUCGGCUGAUGACACGCUAAAACACAACACCAAACUGCGACCAAGUGUAAUCGCAGUCCGGAAAUGCAGUAAAGUGGCAAGUUCUAAUUAUCAACCCGGGGUCUAGAUCUACUUUCUACUCCGUGAAUAUCUAUUAUCUAGCCAACUAAGUCGAUUGAUUGUGGUUUUAACUAAAAGUAGUAAGAAAGCAGGAAAUGGUUUGGUUUUCUGAAGCAAAGGAAGAGUCACUCGGGAAUGAGUCCCCCUAGCUCCUUAGUUAGGUCUCAGUUGUAAUUACCCUGGGUUGAUUUACUGUUGAUUAAACUGCGGAAGAUCCGACAGUAGUUUGGAAUCUCUUAAGCUGACCAAGCCCUCUCAGUCCAACUACCCGGCAGACGACUAGUCUUCACCGGGAUAGAAAUCUGAGGCAAAAAGCACAGAACUCCACUACUGGAAUUGGGUUCCAGUACAAAGCAGUAGAUUGAUUAACUCUCGUAUAACCAAUCUACCACUACCGAAUGAUAAAGCUCUAACAACCUAAUCAGAUUCUAUCUAUCUCAGGUUGCACAGAAAUCAAGAAAAGAUGAUCGGACUUCAAUUGAUUCAAUGAAUCAGGCAUCAUUCGAUUAAAACCAAACAAUAUAACAAUCCCAAGUCAUUACAAUCAAGAUCCCUAACACAUGGAACUAGGGUUCUUCAUACCCAAGUGAGAGAAGGUUCUACUCCAUAGAGAGAGAGAGGGAAACAAAUACAAAGCAGUCAUACUCAUAACAAUGGGAAGAAUCUGCUCUGGGAUGUCAAUCUUCACUCCAAGGAUGAUUUCCAAGCUUGAUUGAUGAAACCCAGCUCCAAAACCACUCUUAGGGGGUGUUCUUUGCACUUUCUCUCCCUAGGGCUCUGUUUUUGCUCCAAAAAGUCGAUUCCCCCUCCUUUGGCUCUGUUUUUGGGUUAAAACCCAGAAAUUCCCGACCACACGGCCGUGUGGCUUUUUAGGCGUGCCCGUGUGAGUGUGCAAAACGCCGCGUUUCACUUAAGUGGCUUCAGGUACGCUACACGGCCAAAACCACACGGCCGUGUGGAUUUUAGGCGUGCCCGUGUGAGCUCCCUGGACUUUCCACACGGCCACAAGGGGUCCCCUACACGGCCAGUGUGGCUUGCCCGUGCAAUUUGGUGUCACACGGCCGUGUGGGUUUUUUGGCAUGCUCAUGUGGCUUUUCCAGCUUUUCGUCAAACGCCCCAACUUCGUCCAAUCGACCCCGAACUCGUGCCCAAACCUUCUUUUACGUACUAGGACCUGAAAUAUUACAAACAAGAACAACCUAGCGUGAAAUCGGCCAAAAACACGAGAGAUGAGACUCAAACGGUACGGGAAUGGUGGAUAAAAACAUGUGUAUAUAUCAAGUCAUCAGCUGACAACUCUUUGAAACUUGUUGCGGGGCUGGCUGCAGUCCACCCGUCGAUCCACCACUGGUUUUGUUGUUUCUCUUGACUCCGCCCUGGUUUCUUGGCGCACUAAGAGACAGAAGGUGGUGGCGCGUUCGUCUAUUGAAGCUGAGUAUCGUGUUAUGGCUAGCACUGUUAGUGAAGUCCUCUGGUUACGCUGGUUGCGGCAUGAGUUAGGUGUUCUGCAACAGAGUUCCACACCUCUUUACUAUGAUAAUCAAGCAACUCUUCAUAUUGCUAUUAAUCCGGUAUUUCACGAGCGGACUAAGCAUGUUGAAAUGGACUGCUAAUUUGUUCGUGAACGAGUUAUUUCCGGUGAUAUCCAUCCUCGGAAGGUCAGCUCUCAGUACCAGGUCGCGGAUCUCUUCACCAAAGGCUUGGAUGUUGAUCGUUUUCAGUUUCUUUUGUCCAAGCUAAACGUUCGUUACCUUCACCGCUUAGCUUACGGGGGGCGUAUUGGGCCGAGAUGAGGAUGAGCCCAUGGAAUCCAGGCUCACAUGUGCCCAUGCUGUGGUAACCUUUUCUUUUGUGGCAAGGAAUUCCUUUUACCCUUGUAAUUCUGAUUCUUCUACUUGUGCCCUGAGCAUAGGAAGGUUAUAUAAAGGAGCUGUAAGCCAUGCGGCUGCUGUAUCUAUCAAUUCAUCAAUAAUAAUCACAUAUUCGGAAA